GGUGUGUGAUUAUAAUUUUAGCAAAGCGAACGAAUGAUCAACUCCAAGCGUUAUUAGCAUGUACAUAUUUUGCGCAGUUUUAGAACUUUGUUUUUAACCGAUCGCCUCAAAGCGGCCAAAGCCUGUUUUUCAAUGUGUUGUCAUGGCCGCUGUUCCGUCAAAUCUUUCACAGGGUGCCGUUAAAGAAUAAUGGAAGCCCGGAUGCCUGCGAAUGACAAGGGAACGUUCGAUAUUCAACUCUCCGGUGGCUCACCGUGGGGUUUUACUCUCCAUGGAGGCAGUGAAUUCAACUCCAAGCUAAGGGUUGCGAAGAUCACCCCCGGUGGAAAGGCUGACCAAACCCGAGUGCUGGAUGUCGGCGACGAAGUGGUUGCCAUCAAUGGAAUGAUAUGUGUUGCAAGAUCUGAGGCAAUUGAACAGAUCCGUUGCUCACGACAGAGUGUUAGGCUCACCAUUAAAAGAGGUAGCUCAGACGUCCGACACAAUGGGAUGUCCCAAAAUAUCCACCAGCAACACCCCUUGCCAAACCUGUACCCCACAGCUUUAGAGGUCGCCACCUCUCCUACUGAUUUCUUCUCUACGUACGCUGUUGACCCAGAAAAGUUUGCCAGGGUGACAGAACACUCGAAAGGUGGAAAACAGAAAAUCACUGACUACAACUUGAGUGCUUCUAAUGAGAAUUUGCUGGACAUGUAUUGGGGUCAAAACAGAAGCAACAUCAACAACGAGACAAUGAGUGACGAAACCAACGGCAGACUGAGUCCUAACGAUGACACACCCAUUGUGCCUUCAAAACACCGGCAGAUUAUAAACACACUUCAUGAAAGAGCACGAAGUUGGAAUGAACAUCAUCGGAGUCCCACAUCAACAGAUGAGCAUCAUUUGCAUGGCCGCCACUACACCUCACCCAGUAGGAUACAGAAAGUCAAAGUUGUUAGCACCAACAUCUCAUCCAGUAGCUCAAGCUUAGGAGAUGAUGAGAGGCACAGUCCUAUCAGUCGAACAACACCAAACAAGAGUCCAGUUGCUCGGCGACCACCUGUCGUGGAAAGGGCGGAAGACUGGGAGUCACCUAGGAGGCGGCAUCUUGACUGGCCGCCCCGCCCAGGGCAUCAUUCCAUGGGCAGUAACGAUCAGGAUUUAGUUGCAAAAUGGCUGCGAGAUGACAAAGCAAGUGAUUCCCCUGAUCAUAACCUGUCUGUCAAUGAAGCACGCUCUCAGUUUGAAGCUCAAGAAAAUCCUUCAGAGAAUAAACCAGAGCAGCAGAACAAAUCGAACUUCUCACGCAGCAAGAGCUUCAGUGGCCGACCUUCCUACGGGGUCAUGGUUGCUACCACCAUGAAGGGAGAGGGGAAGUCGGCCCACCCUGAAAUCAGUACAUUCCAAGCCCCCCUUCCACCUGACCGGUUCAGCUCCUCUGACCUUCUCCGCAAUAAACCUGCCCGCAAGAGUUUGCCCGCUAAUGAAUUCUGGAAGACAGCCUCUCUUCCAGCUGGGGGGAACAGAGCCCGUGUCUCGGCGGAUCCCCGUGGCGUCGAGGUUCGUCUUCCCAUUUCAACCAAGCUAUCAGUAAGCUCAAGCACCUCUAGCCUUGAUAACAUCUACAUGGCAAAUACAGACGGCGCGCGAAGAUCCGUCCCCGCCCCUCCCCCCAGGCGCAGCGAGUCCAAGCUACUCACUUCGUUCCGCACGCGCGGAAAGCGUGACACUCCACAGGUGGUGAGCUCGUACGAAUCAUCUCCGCCUGAUCCUACUCAAGAACCACCCCGUCACGUGGCCUCUAAGUCGUGGCCUAGCGACCAUCUAGGGGACAAUAGUCGGACGUCCGGCACAAACUCGGACAGACAAUCUUGGCCUGCGCAGCAUUCACCUGGACACGAUCCGCGUAGUCAUGACGACGAACUGAGGGAAAGACCGCGGGGUAGGAACAACGACCCGAGGAAUAGGAACAGUGACCCGCAGGCUAGAUACAAUGACCCGCGGAAUCGGGACAAUGACCCGCGGGAUAGGGACAAUAACGCGCGGGACAGAUAUGAGAAUCGGCAUCACGGCUCUAGGGACAGGCAACCCAGUUUUCCUGACGCGCGGGACUCAAGGGAUCGCCACUCAAUCCCUCGGGAUCGCCCGCAAGAUGGCUACCUUUACCCUCAAGACAACCCGCAAAGAACCAUGGGGUACUCUGUUCGCGCCAUCCCCAGCUCCGACCUGUUGUAUAGGGGCACGAGUGCACCCCUCGAGAAGGGUGUGGCCCGGCGCUCGUAUCGGGGGUCUUCGUCGAGCUCGUCGUAUGAUGGGACCGAAUCCCGGACAUCGUACUGCGUUAUGGCCUCCGGUAGUCCGGAUGAUAACCGGCCCGUGUACAGGAGCGCAUCCGUAGAGUUCCAGCCAGAUUCACAGCGCAGCUAUCAAGCAAAAAGACCCCAGAGUGCUACCAGCCGUAUCCAGACCCCUCUCGUCCAAAACCAGUCGAAUGUAAAGAGCUCGCCGCCGGAUACUGGGCCGAGUCGUAUUGAGGACACCAACAUACUCCAGAAACUGAUGCGUGACAAUGAUGUCACGCGUGACAAUGAUGUCACGCCGCCAUCCGUACAGUCAAGAAUCAAGGGCUUCGAGCACAACGCCCCUCAGCCCAUAAUAGACGAAGGACCCGAUACCAGUCAGCUCAGACCGCGGACAAGCAAGGUGGCAGUGUGGGAGACAGCGCAAGCGACCACGCAACACUCGGAAAGUGUUUCGGAGACAUCGCCGCAACUUUCUUCGACUGCGCAACAAACACCACCUCAUUCCCCCGCAACUCGGCAUAAUGCGCGGACAUCGUCGCCACAAUCACUGGCAACUCGACAUAAUGCGUGGACAUCGUCGCCACAAUCACCGGCAACUCGGCAUAAUGCGUGGACAUCGUCGCCACAGUCACCGGCAACUCGACAUAAUGCGCGGACAUCGUCGCCACAGUCACCGGCAACUCGACAUAAUGCGUGGACUUCGUCGCCACAAUCACCGGCAACUCGACAUAAUGCACAGGCAACAUCACAUCAAGCACAGGAACCAGCGGAUCGGAUAAGACGUCUACCGAAUACUGACCUAGAGGGAGAUCGCAAGUCCACCAAGAUACCGCCCCAAGUUCUGCCAAAGAAACAGCCUAAAGAGCAACCUAUCGUGCCUGUAUAUAGAGAAAAACCCAACGAAACUCCAGAUAGAGAACCCUUUGACCCGAUUCGGGUCAAGUCCAUGGUUCGCGAGUUCGAUAGGCCGUCGGAGCCGCUACGACGAGUCGACGACUCGUUCACGAAACAGCGAGUGAUUGUGACCACUUCGCCGAAACAGUCUUCGGAUGUCGGGCCGGUGGACGAGAGCGUAGUGCGAUCUGAGUCCACCACUGAGCAAGAGAAAGAAGUGUUCUUUGAAGAGCUGUUCAAAAAGAUGAGCGAAGAUUCGCCCGUAAAACCCGCAUCCUCUGAACCUCUAGAAGUCAUCCAGCAAGACGUUCUCCCGCCCCCUCCCCCUGUAAGCGAGGAUGAGGUUUUCACAGCUCUAGAGGACUCCCUCCCACCCCCUCCCCCUGUGAGUGAUGACCUUGAAACCUCCCAUGACAAUCUACCCUUACCUACUCCUCCACGGGAGGUCAUGGAGGAUAGGAGGGAGGGGAGGGAGUGUAGCCCUCGCACGCAAAUUGUACAGGCGAUCACUGUUGAGCAAAAAAAGACUGAAUCACCGCUCAAGGAUGACUCGUUCAGUAGUGAAAAGUACUCUCCCGCACGGGAUCAGCGGCGACCUCCCACAGGGGCUACCCUCGGGGAGCGGCCCAGUAAUAGGUCGAAUGAUGCAGCGGAUAUGACGUCAUCGCGUCCAAUGCACAGUUUGACACCGGAGCAGGAGAAAAAACGGAGCGCUUACAAGAUGUCACGCAGUAUGGAGGACCUUAGUGGUCGUGACCGGGGCUUCGGCAGGGAAGAGUAUUUGAGUCGCGUGAUGAACGAGUCACGCAAGCGAUUCGCGGACGAACACAAACGCCAUUCGUUUCACAGUGACUACAUGUCACGCAACAAGGAAGCCGUGUUAGUCAAGCCGGCUUGGAGCAGCUGUAGGUCCUCGCUUCACGACGAGCAGCGAUCUCCGCCGGAAGAACAACGAGAAUCGCUUAACGAAGAAAAACGAAGGUCUUUCCAAGAAGAAAAUCGACGGUCUUUCCAAGAAGAAAAUCGAACGUCUUUCGAAGAAGAAAAUGGGACGUCUUUCCAAGAAGAAAAUCGACGGUCUUUCCAAGAAGAAAAUCGAACGUCUUUCCAAAAAGAAAAACGUGAUUCGAUUGAAGACCGCUCAUCACUUAUACAAGAAAAAUCACCUCCUCCAGUGGAAAUCAGUACAAGCAUCGGAUCUGAACUUCAGAGAGAGCGAGAAUUCUUGCCGAUCUCCCCCGAACGACCGACUUCGGACACAUCAAGCGACCACACCCCUGGAAGGGGGCACAGGGGUGGCAUUCCCCCGCCCCUCGUCAUCACCUCGACUCCCACCAGCGACGAGAGGCUGGGCUCCAGUGGCCUGGAGACUAGCCGAGGGUUCUCCAGUCCUUUCUCCGAGGGCUCCAACCUGUCAACGCCCAACAGCAGCCGCCCCAACAGCAUGGUCAGCCCGAAACUGGAGCAGCUGGACCGCGAGAAGUGCGAGCUGGUUGACAGCAUGAAGCGUAAAAUCGAGGAUCUCAAGUCCCAGAUGAACGAGAUCAGCGAAGAGAUUCAAGAGAACGAGGGGCUCGGCACCAAGGUCACCCUUCUGGUGGAGGGCAAGACCACGUCCUCCGAGUUCGCGAAGUACCAGCGCUUCACGGGCGAGUUAAACAAGAUUGUACUGCUUCUGCUCUCGCUCACACAGCGCAUGCACCGAUACGAGAAGACGCUGAGCGAGCUGGAUAUGUCCGAGGAAGCCGACCGCCAACAGAGGGAUAUUUUACAAGAAAAAAUAGAAUACGUGAAGAACCAGUACGAAGAAGCGUGCAAAAUCAAAGAGGUGAACGACAAAAGAGGGGAAGUGGUCUCUAAAUUCCUAGAAAGCUACCUGGACGAGGAGGAAUUCGCAGACUUCCAGUACUACAUCGACAUGAAGACCCAGCUAGCAUUGAUGCACGCAGAGAUCCGAGACAAGGUGAAGAUGGGCGAAGAGAGACUUAACACUCUCACUACCACCGAGAUCGACUGGAGUGCUACCAGCUUGUCCAGUUACUAGAAAAAGUGUCUUUCAAAUAAACACGCGGAAGGUGGUUAAGGCUGGCCGAAUACAAGGCUACCCUACAAGAUUGUGUCUACCUUUGAAUUUUCGGCACCUCAUCGUCAGGCUAUCGGUACCUCAUCAUCAGGCUAUCGGUAUCUCAUCGAUUCGUCAUCGGAACCUCAUCGGUACCUGGAGUGACGUUAGGGUUCAAUUUUGGCGUGACAACAGGAGGACACUUGCGUGACACCCACCUUAGAGCGCUGUCGUGUAUGGGUGAAAUGUUUAGAUAUCCGUCAUGCUCGAGGCUUUAGCGUACUUUGCGGGUAACCUUUGGGAGCGCCCGCAAAGUUCGCUGGAUCCUCGAGCAUGGAUAUCCGUAAGAAGUGUUAGAGUUGAGCCUUCCAUAGGGCUUAUCUGUGAUUUAUUAGCUUAUUUUGGACCUAGAGGAGAUUUCUACAGUAACUAUGGCCUUAAUUUGACUCUCGGCCUAGCUGUUCAAUGAACUCAUGUCUCAAUUCAAUUUUAUUAUUUUUAGAUUAACUUAAAAUUUUGGUGCACAUUACAGUUUUAUGCAUUUGAAAUUUUUGAGAAACGCUUGAGAAAUUGUUGCCUACUGAAAGCAACAGAAAGGGUAAAUAUUGAGAAUUUUAACGGUAAGGCUUGAUCACGUGACUUUCAGACUAAGUAGAGAGUGGACUAACAUGAUAUUGCCUGGUAACCAAAAAUCAUCGCUCCCAGAGCACACUGGGAAAUAGUCAUCUUUUAAAAUACACCGUGUACCCCGCCCACAAGUGCAUGGUGGGAUUUGUCCCUUACUGGUUAUCAUAAUGACACUUGCUAUAACAUUCUUUUAGGGGGGUCACGUCAGUCAUCUUAUCACGCAAAGCAAGUCAAGCUCUGCAUCCGAGUGUCAAAAUAGCGAGUGUGAGAAUACGCCGUGGGCGGUUUUAAAUUUCAAUUAAAAGUUUUAGCCAUAAUCUUGUGCUACGAGAGCCUCACGGGUGAAAACCUGCAUCUUGCUUGAUCUCGUUUAGAUGCGGAGGGGUCCAGUUGUAACGCAAAGAUUAAAAGAGAGCAAAACAGUCCAAAACUAACCAUAGAUCAGCCUUGUAGUGUACUAAUAGAAACCACCAGAUGCUUGAGACUGGAAGUAGUGCAGAGACCUGCACACAAAUAAAGGGAAUCAGAAAACUGAA